AUGCGACCGCUGGGAACCGCAGGCGCCGUCGGCAGAACUGCUACGAAUGCCUGUUUUCACACAUCAUCGCAGUCUCAGGUGAGACGGCCGUGGGUUCACACCAAGAAAAGGUCAGCGGAACCACAAAUACCCCCCUCGUGGCGGCCCUUUGAGGUGCCAGAGGUGGUCUUGGAUCUCGACAGCUGGGACAGCGGGUAUGCACGACCGUACGACAAUGCGGAAAGGUCCGCUCAGCAAAAGAAAUGGAGCGAGAUGCCUCGCAUCGACGCCACAUGGAAACGAAUCAGGAACUUCGAGUUUGACCGCCAGCGGGUGAGCGACAACUUUGCCAAAGUCGCUGGCCGCGACUACUGGCGUCAACGCUGGACCGUCACCGACCUUGACAUUAUGACCACUGCUCUGAGAGGGGCCCCCAAACAUCGAAGACGUCCGGAUAAAAAACGAGCCUACGGAUCCGACGCUGACGGGGUCUUGAGCUCGGUGGCUUUCGAGAACGCGAUUCCCAUGUCCACCUUUCGGGACGAAAAGUCGUUUUUGAGCUGGCUGCUACACAGGAAACCCAGCACAUCACCUAAACCCCAAAACACCGUUGCGAUCUCACAAGAGCUUAUAAGCAAACAAGACAGCCUGAAGGACCUUCGACGCUACAUCUUGUUCCUUCUCCAUCAAAGCGAUGAUGGACUCUUGCACGUUCGCCAGUGCAAUGGGCACAUCGCCCGAGUUCUACUCUGUGCUCUUUCGAAACCCGAGAAGAACUCCCUCGCUCUCCGCAACUUCUUGCCGUUCUUCAACAAUCUUUUUGCCCUCUACCAGCAAAACGGAUUGUCCCUUGGCCCUGAAUUAUGUGGUGCCUCUCUGGUUUUUUCGGCCCAGGCAUUUCAGUUGCAGGCAACGGAGAGGUUCCUCGAGCAUGGCUUAAAGCAAGGCUAUUGGGUUUAUGGGAAGCCAUGGAUUUCAGACGUGCAGGUUACGCUAAAGACAUUGCACCAACAAUGGGAUCAAGAGGCACAAAACAACGCCUCCUCCCAAAGUGCCGAGUCCUACCAUACACCUGGUAUCCAGUCAAGCACAAGCAGCCACAAAGAGGUUAUGGCCCGCCUCUUGGCAGGGGAUGCUGGAAACCAUGGUAAAGCGUCUUUUAAGACCGUUGUGGAGAGCAAUCCCAGCAACGAGGGGCUGCGUGAGCAGUACUCGCGGCUGGUUGCCCGAGUCGGCCUUUUGCCAGAUCAACUCACCCAAACUGAACUGAGUGGGGGGAAAGGCGAAGCCUGUCAAUACCACACAGGUGCCGCGAACAACCGCCGUUGA